UUUCACUAAGAGUCUCAUGAGCUCCUGAGGUAUUAAAAAUACUAGUAGUAGAGACUAUGAUAUAGUAGGGUAUCAGAAUAUAGAUCAAUUAGUAGAUUGUGUCUGACGCAUAUACAUGAAAAAAAAGAAUAAUUAGAUAAUAAUAAGAAUAAGAAUUCGAAUCUUAAUAAAAGGAAGGGUUCGAAUAGCAUCUACUAAUAUUACCGAAAACUUUGUGAAAAUACUUCUACGAGAAGGUUUUAUUGAAAAUGUUCGAAAACCAUAGGGAAAGUAACAAAUCUUUCUUGGCACGUGCCCCUGCUCCUGGUCUUCGAACUAGUCAUUAAUGGUCGGCAACAUAGGUACCCUUUUUCGGUAUGCGUUGCGAACACUUUCAUUUUUAGCGUCUCAUCUUCUCUGGAGAAGCUUAAAUCGAACGGAUAGAGCAGAUGGUCCAACUACAGAACUUCUUCUUUUUCAUUACUUCCACGGUCGUGCCCCGUGGCACGGCAGCACCCGUACUAUUGAAAUGGUUCAUCAGUAGAGAUGUUCCCACUGGUGCCUCUUCUUCCAAUGGUACUAUAAUUCCUAUUCCUAUCCCUUUAUUCCCUUUUUUGGUCUAUCUACAUUUAAGGAAAUUCAUACGCUCCAUAGACAGAGCAAAAAGUGGAGUGUUGGUCAAAGCAAGCCGCCCUAUUCUAUUACCAGACAAAAUGGAGAGAAGCUCAUCCGCUAGAAAUGCUUUAUUUCGUUUCGUUCCCGUUCUUCAUUUCCUUAUUAUCGAAUCCAUGGGGGACUUGUCAUAUUUAGAAUCUUUCUGCGGUCUGCUCUGUUUACAAUUCUUUCGUACUCUCUUCUCUUUACCACGCGAUAGGUCAGCGAAGCGUGAGCGGGCGCUCCGAAGUAAAGGCCAAACACUUCGGCCUAAGGGGAAUGAGCAACAAAAUGACAAGAUGAGGUGCCCCGGGCACCCCCAUAUAGAAAGAAGGGUCGAAGGUUUUGGGCCUGUAGCUUUCCCCGCCCCCCCCCCCUCGUCGAGUGGUGCUUGUUUGGGGGGUGUGCCACCAGAAAGCGGGCUUGAAGCUCUCGCCUUACCAACGAGCCGACUGCUGAUGGCUGUUGGUCACGACUACUACAAAAAAGUGAAGAUGAAUCUUUCUAUUUCACAUGGAGGAGUGUGCAUCUUUAUGUUGGGUGUUCUUCUGUCGUGCGACCCGAUGGCUUAUGUGCGACCUGUGGCCCACGCCUCCUAUUCUAUUUGUUCAGGGCGGGCGGCGUGAACUCUGAUUCGAUCCGGGUAUUCAAUCCCGCCGCUGAGAUGCUCAGUUGACUCCUUAACCUUGAUAGGAAGAUGGCUUAUUCCAAAAUUCGUGCAUAAGGGUAAGGAACUUUGGAUGAAUUAAUGCGAAUGGGUGUAAGCCUCGCUGCUCGGAAACACCCAGUGCUGACCACACUGAGAGACACGAAAGUGCAGGUAAUGCCAGUUGGCGAAGUGGCGUUAAACAUCCCUAGCGGUACGCAAAGAGAGGUCGUGAUGAUAUCAUCUACGUCUGUACCGCUCCUCGUGGAGUAGAUCCCGCAUCCAACCAACCCUUUUUUGACCAGGGAACGGGAGAAUUCCCACUACCGCUGGCAGGCCAGCCGGGCCGUGAGCGCGGUGGGAACGGGCUUCCCAAAAAGCGAGCCCCGGCCCGGGUCAGCAUAGAAUGGGGGGGACGGCCCUAAUGUUGUGUUGGCCGGGUUGCGGGCGGAUAAAAGCGGACGUGGGGACUCGGGUCGGGGCACAGCGUAACAAAGAGAGCCAUUCCAUUUAGGGCGAGACAGAAUGGGCGGGCACAAGUGGUCUGGUGUCCGAGCCGAUUGGUCAGACGACGACUACUGCACAUAUUAGAUUCUAUUAGCCGCCUAUCCCGGAAUGGACUGGGAUGGAAUAGAAAGAACGCGGAGCAGCAAGCAAGGGAUGAGCGCUUUGUUGCUAAAGUGCAUACGUUUUCUUGCUGGGUCGGUUUGUUUUCGGGGGGUGGGGCAAUAAGCUUGCUUCUUCACAAGCUUAUCCCUGCCCCCUUUCCUGUCCGUCCCGACCGGCAGCAGUUGGGUCUCCCCAUCUCUCCUCAACUUCCCCGGUCUUCGGCCCGAGCUGUAUGAGGCAGAAACUCGUCCCAUGUACGGUUCGGAGGCCGAGCCCCACCCCUGCAAUAAUGGUGCGGCUUAGGUCAACUAAUACAAAUAAGAUACAGUUCACUCAACGAUUGCCCUUGGGUCCCGAACUCCAUAUGGGGAAGGAACAUUGUUGUUUGCGAGGUCUCGAUCAUUUACAUGGACCCAUUUCUCAUUCCAUUUGUGGGAAUUUGAUGAUUUAUAAACCGUCCCCAACGAGCGAAAGGUUCAUGUUUGAACAUGAUGAAUCACUUCGUGCCGACCUGUUGCCCAUAAACUUUCCUGCCUCAUAUGAGAAUGGAAAACUGGAAGAUUUUCUGCAUCGGUGGAUGAAGAAUCACGAACAUAAGAAUUUCUGGUUUAGCAUGUUCCCAGAAAGAAGAUACUUUUUUUUCCAUUCGAGAAACGAGGAGCACGACUGAAGUGGCUAUACAUACAAAUCCAUUUACGGAUCUAUAUGCUCCGAUUGGAACUGGAAGUUCCAGAACUGGCGGCUGGUAUACCACCAUAAUGAAAUUGCCUUUUAUUUUUAGUAUUCGGAUAGGAUUUCUGUAGGCUUCAUCGGGAGGCUCGCGUAGUUUGUUACGUCAACUCCAAAAGGAUAAGUUGCAUUGGAAUCGAGAAAGUUUCGUUCAUAAUUGCAUAAAAGGAGUAAAAAUAGUGGCUGCGGCGCGUCGAGGGUCAACCUUUGAUAUCGAAUAACCUUUCGAGCCUUCCCCAAUGGAUCUCUAUCCUCCUUUGAAACCAAUAGAAGUUCACUGACCAUCCCUGUCAAACAUAACCCAAGGUAGGAUCGAGAGGAGAAGAAUAGGACUCUUGCUAGUAUCAUAACCUCUCGAUGGGAGAAUGAAACCAUUAGAUUAGUGGAAAGAAGAAAGAAUGGGAAGAAACCA